AUGGAAGAAUCAGUUUCACAAGGGAAGCCACUUAACAAGGAACAAGAGGAAGUUCUCCGUUCAAAACCCUCCGUUCUCGUUCUCAUUGAUGAGUUGGAGAAGCUUCGUCAACCGCUUUCCGUUGCCCUAACUGAAGAACUCGACCUCGCCCUUCAGAACAACCGUGAAACCCUACCUGAGAAUUCCGUUCCAAACUCUGUUCCCGCUCCGAAUUCCGCUCCCAAUUCGGAACAACGGCCGAACCAGAACGGGGAUGUGGUUGAGGAUAUUCUCAAUUUGCUUUACUUUGGUUCGCUUUUUGAAGUGAAGACACAGAAUGAUUUUACUUCUACUAUGCUUACGAGGACGCAUGAGCGUGGAUGUUGUUUAACUUAUGAUUAUGUUACUGAUGAUGCCACCGAUCUGCCUGGGGAGAAGGAUUUGGACUCGAUCUCUGCGUUGUUUGGGUUGUUGAUUUCUCGGCCUGCUGAUUCAAGCUUUUCGCAUAAGAACGCGCUUCGGAGAUACAUUGAGCAUGCUAAGUUGUGGGUUUCUAGGGCUCAACAGCCUAUUGACCCCAAUGUUGAUGUUACAUAUGCUGGUUUGAGGGAGAAGUUGGACAAAAUUAUGUCUUCGGAGUACUUUACUACUACUCCUGAGAUGAAGGCUCCAGUUGAUGUUGCUGCUGCAGCGGCUGGAAAUUAUGGGUCUUUUCAGGUGCCCGUGCAUGAUUCCGUGGUUUCUGUCGAAGUAGAAGGUUCUGAUUAUCAGCCUGAGGAGAAGGACGAGAGAGCUGCUAAUUUUCAAGGACAAGGAUCUGGAGAUGAUCCGUCUGAUCCCGAAGGAGAGUUUCAAAAGGAUGAAGUAGAGGCAGAAAAUGCAGUUGAGGUGGCAUCAGUCCAACACGAGCAGGCUAAUGCUCAGGGGGACACGGAAUACAAUCAAGCAGAUGGAGAGGGAAAGGAGCAACAGAAUUACCCUAGGAGGGGGGGUUAUCAGAAUCAAAGAGGUGGCCGCGGUGGUGGAGGAGGCAGAGGGUUCCCAAAUGGCCGCAACCAAUUCUAUGACCAGCCUGGAAAUUAUUAUCCCAGAAACUAUUAUAACAACAGAGGACGUGGAGGCAGGGGAGGUGGCUACUACAGCAACAACGGCGCAGGCGGUCAAGUUAAUCAUGUUGCAGGUGAUGUUGGGGUGCAAUCUUGA